AUGGUUGUUAUCGGACCAUGUUCCAUCCAUGACCCAGAGGCUGCCCUCGAUUAUGCUUCCCGUUUGAAAAAAGAGGCCGACAAGCAUAAGGGAGAACUUCACAUAGUGAUGCGUGCUUAUCUCGAGAAACCUCGUACCACUGUUGGCUGGAAAGGAUUGAUCAAUGAUCCCGAUAUCGAUGGUUCUUUCCAGAUUAACAAGGGUCUUCGUAUCUCUCGUCAAUUGUUUGUCAACUUGACUUCGAAGCUUCCUAUUGCUGGCGAGAUGUUGGAUACCAUCUCUCCCCAAUUUUUGUCUGAUUUAUUCUCCGUUGGUGCCAUCGGUGCCAGAACUACCGAGUCUCAGCUUCACAGAGAGUUAUCGUCUGGUUUGUCUUUCCCAGUUGGUUUCAAAAAUGGUACUGAUGGUACCCUCGGUGUUGCAGUUGAUGCUUUGAGAGCCGCUUCUCAUCCUCACCACUUUCUUUCGGUUACCAAACCAGGUGUCGUUGCUAUUGUUGGAACCGAAGGUAACAAAGACUGCUUUGUGAUUUUGCGUGGUGGAAAACAGGGCACAAACUACGACGAAAAGUCGGUUAAGGAGACCAAGGAAGCUCUCAUAAAGAGCAAUGUGAUUACUGAAGAGAAACCAGGACCAAGAAUUAUGGUCGAUUGCUCUCACGGAAACUCCAACAAGAACCACAGAAACCAACCUAUAGUUGCUGCUGAGAUUGCCAGACAAAUCUCUAAUGGUGAGGAUGGUAUUUGUGGUUUGAUGAUUGAGUCCAACAUCGUGGAAGGCAGACAAGAUGUACCUCCCAAGGAAAAAGGUGGAAAGGAUGCUUUGAAAUACGGCUGUUCCAUUACUGACGCAUGUAUCUCAUGGGAAGAUACCGAGUCUGUGCUCGACGUUUUGGCUAAAGCAGUGAAAACCAGAAGAGAAGCCAAAAAAAAUUAA